AUGAGGGGGAGGACGCAAUCUUAGAGCAUCAUUUUCGGCGCUACCCCAGACGUCACUUCCGGUGGCUCGGCGCGGAUCGGUACGACCAACGGACCGCGGAGCACCAUGCCCAAAUUUUACUGUGACUACUGCGAUACGUACCUCACCCAUGACUCUCCAUCUGUACGAAAGACACAUUGCAGCGGUAGGAAACACAAAGAGAAUGUGAAAGAUUACUAUCAAAAAUGGAUGGAAGAGCAAGCUCAGAGCCUGAUCGAUAAAACGACGGCUGCAUUUCAGCAAGGAAAAAUUCCUCCCACUCCAUUCUCUGCUCCUCCACCAGGAGGGGCUAUGAUCCCACCUCCUCCUAGUCUCCCGGGACCUCCUCGACCUGGUAUGAUGCCAGCACCCCAUAUGGGAGGGCCUCCCAUGAUGCCAAUGAUGGGCCCCCCUCCUCCUGGAAUGAUGCCUGUGGGACCUGCUCCUGGGAUGAGGCCACCCAUGGGAGGCCACAUGCCCAUGAUGCCUGGACCCCCAAUGAUGAGACCUCCUGCCCGUCCCAUGAUGGUGCCCACUCGGCCAGGAAUGACCCGCCCAGACAGAUAAGAAUAAAGGGAAAUACGUUCGUGUCAUUUUUUUAUUCCUUGUUCUACUCCACCCAAACACCAUGGUGCUGCACCUCUGGGGUGUUUUCCAACAGCAUGGCAAGGAAGAUUUGCUCCCACUUCUGUCAAAGAAGAAACCGUUUGGAAGGGAGCAGUGGGACAGAAAUGCAGCUUACAUUUAUAUUGUGAUGUGUACAAAUAAAAGUAUUGACUGUUUUAGCUAUAGAAGGGUUUUUUCAAUGAUUUUUGUUGCUGCAAGAUGAAGAAUUCCAAAUGUGAUUCUCCAACCUUGAUGUUUAGUUCAUAUUCUCUCAUUUCAUUGUAUCUUCCCCCUCUUAGAUUCUUGUCCCUCAGCUAUAGAACAUUUUCCUAGGGGACAGCCCCCUAGACAAAGUUCCUUAUGUAUUAUAAGCUUUGUAAAUCUAGCACUUGUAGGCCUUUUAUUGACUCAAAGAAUAAAUAAAAACACACUUUCUUCAUCAGGUCCCAGUGACAUCACUUCGUAUGUAGAGUUAGUGUGUAUUACUGCUGCUCUUCAACCUGGAAUAGGGACGAAUGCUGCAUGGUAUGUAGUAGAAACUAUCAUAAUUUUACAACUUUUUUUUCUUUAUGUAUCUGGGAAUUAAAAUUGAGAAAAAAUGGUGCAACUAAGCAGAACCAAGAAAACAAAAUACACAGUGACUUAAAACAACACAAACAGAAAAAACAAAAAAAUGAACACUGCACAAUUAUAAAGGUCAAGCUUACUCUCAGAAUUUAUCUGCCUCCCUUCUUUGCCCAGAAAGGGAAUUAUGGCUAUGUAAUGUUACUUAUACUAUCAGAAACCCUUGGAGUGCUGGUUGCUCUUGCUGAGGUGCCUUUUUUCCCUGUUUUUAUUCUCUGUUAUGAGAAACAGCUCAAACAGCUCACUGGGUAAGGGAGGAGGAUACAUCAUGGUUGGAAAUGAAGGUGAUGUAAAAACAAAAGAUAACGAUAAAAAUAUUUUUAAGAAAAGAAAUUGGCACAUUGAUGCCAGUUGGUAUGGCAUACUCUUCUUUAGAAUGCUGCCCACCACAUCUCUGUCCUGGAAAGGCAGUAUGCUUGCAGGAGAAAAGCCUGAAAUCAAGCCAGAGGCACAGCAGGCAAGGAGCUAUGUUUGUAUUCUUAGCAGUGAGAAUCAGAACCCUCAACAGCUGCUAUCUGAAAUUGCCAUUGAAAUUGCUGUUACAAAAUGAUGGCUUCUUGUAGCAGAACAGUAUUUUAAGUCUUUAUAAAAUAUUUAUUACUGCAUUUUGUUUUUACACAACAAUCACUUUCCAACAGAACCCCUUACCCAAUAGUACCUUCUUUUAGAAAAAGCAAUUAAAUUAAACUAUUUGAUACAGCAAUUGGGAAGGAUAGAACAUGUAACGUUCCAUCCUUGUGCCUUACCAUUUUUUAACACAAUUGCUAAGUGUUUUAAUAGUCAUUGGGAAGAAACAUUGAUCAUUGUAUUUCAUCCAGUUUUUCUUAUCUUUAAGUAUUGUCUUCAUUUACAUUAUUUUAGUUAUUGUGUAUAUUAUUCUCUUUGUUCUGCUUUCUUGAUCUGUAUCCUUUUAGAUUUUUCUAUGAGUGGUUUUUAUGUAAAAAUCUAAGAUUACUAUCCUACUUAUGAAAAUAUGCAAUACACAUUUUCUUUUAAACUAUUAGUAUUUUGAAGAGGAACUAAUUUAGGCAAAGAAAGUGAGUUAAUCUAAACAAAAUGAUAGUAACAACUUAAUUUUCAUUGUUAAAUUUUACAGUGAAUUAUUUCUUGCUUUUUUAGUGUCUCACCUACAUCUCUUUGUGGGAGAAAGAUUUGGUUUCCAAGUACUUUUGUCAUGAGACUCCUAGAGUCUGUUUUUUUCUUAUUCUUCACAACUAAUCACAGAAGACUGGUGGGCAUAUUAGCUGGUUGGGGUUUUUUUUAGAAUGAAAAUAAAUGGGAAAAUGAGCUAAAUUUUAAAAAUUGGCAUUUUGGUAGUCUCCUAUAUCUUGAAGAAUUAUUGAUUUUCUAGAAAAAGUUGAGUGAAUUUUAAUAUCAAUUUUUGUUCUCUGAACCAACAUUCUCAACAACCACUGUUCCUUCUACUUUUUUUUUUGAGAAAAUAGAGGCUAUAUUCUGGAGUCCUUUUCUCUUCUUUCCCUCAAAACUCCUACAUAAUCCCUCACUCUCUUGUGCCUUCUGUCUCUGAGGAAGAGCUAGAUAUGCUUCUUGUCAAGGCUACUCCUUGUUCUGCCUUUGAUCCUAACUCCUCCUAUCUCUCCCAGGAUCCUGCCUCUAGGAUCACUUCCCAUUUCCCAUCCCUUCACAUUUUCAAUCUCCACUUAUGUACUACAUAAACGCCUAAGUCUCCCCAAUUCUUCAAAAAUCUCUUAAGUCUCCAGCGCCUUGCAUUUUCAUCUGUAUCUUUUGUUCCUUUCACAGCUAAACUCCUACAAAAAGCCAUUUAAAGGCAUUUCCUCCACUUCUUCACCUCCCACUCUUCAACCACUUGCAAUCUGGCUUCUGAUUCUACCAUUCCAUUGAAAUUGCUUCCUUCCUGAUUAACAGUGAUCUCAAUUGUUAAAUCUGAUAGUCUUUUUUUCUGAGUUCUCUUUGUAGCUUUUUAUACUAUUGACCAUACUCCUGGAUAUUCUCUCCCUUGGUUUUUAUUUUAAAAGUUAAAUUUACUUUUUAUUAUGAAAUUUAACACACUCAUGAAUAUUUUAAUAUGUAAAGAAGUACAACAGAGGAUUGUCUAUGAAACUGAACUGACAUGUCCUUGACUUUGGGGGAGUAUAUGUCUUGUAAUAGUAUUGCUCUUAUGUCAAGUUAGUGACUCUUGGCUCUUUUCUAGAGUUGUACCAGUUAAGUAAGGUCUUCAACAAUGGUGUGCUAGUGUGUCUGCUGUCCCAGGGACUCUCCAACAUUGACCAUUACUGUGUGUGUGUGUGUGUGUGUGUGUGUGUGUGUGUGUGUGUAUGUAUGUGAAAGAGAGAGACAAUCUGAUGAGUGCAAAGUGAAACCACAGAGUCGUUUAAAAUACAUCUUUGUUAUUAGUGAUUUGGGACCUUUUUUCACUCAGCUAUUGAUAGUUUGAAUUUCUUCUUUUGAACCUGCCUGUUCAUAUCUUUUAAUUUAAUUAGUAAUCUAUUGGGCUCUUAUUAUUAUAUAUUUGUAUCAAUUCCUGGUGUGUGUGUAUACACAUAUAUGGUGAACCUUUAUCGGAGAUAUGCAAUUAAGAUUUUUCCCAGAUAACUUUUUUUAAAUUUAGCUGCACUAAUUUUGUUCAUUCAAAAGCUCUUCGAUUUUAAGGGAUAGAUUGCCCUUAUCCUCAACUCUUGAGUCACCUGCAGGCCUUGCCAAUCUCCAAGUCUAGUCAGUCUUCCCUCCACAACAUCUCAGAGAGUGACCACCUCAGACUAAUGCCUCCUGACUGGUCUCUCUGAUUCUAGGUUUUUUGCUCUCCAUUCCAACCUCCAUACUUUUGUUCAAGCGCUGUGUGUACUGUUCCCAACGCACUGAGCUCACUAGUCCGCUAGAGAGUGUUCACUGUGGUUACAGCCAAGAACCAUCUCCAUGGCAACUAUGCAGGGCUGUCCAAGGUCACAUCUGCUUCACUGAGGAAGGAGAUUAGGGCCAUAGACUAGGUAGUCACUUUAAGGGAUCGAGUGAGGUACUGCCUCUCUCCUCCCGGGGUCCCGCUAGGAGGCGGCAUGGUGGUAGUGAAGCUCAGGGGUUCGCUGAGCCUCAGGGGACCUUUCCUGGAUCCCAGGAUUCUCAUGCAGGUGGAGGCUACAUCUCCUCAGGCCUGACCUUGUCAACACCGGCCCCGCCACUGUCCCCCCUACUGCUGCUGCUCUUCCUAUAGAAAAGGCCGAUCCUCAAGGAUCUGCCCACCCUUGGCUAGGUGUCUGACCACAGACCAAGCAGUGUGGGCCCCUCUCCUGAAUCUCCCUUCCUCCCCCCCACCCCAACUUGCACAGUUCUUUACCCACCCCUCCAGGAACCGCCCUCUAUUCAUGCCUACCCCACCCCUACCCCGAUGUGGCCUGGGCUGGACCCAGCCCUGAACCAACCUGCCCCCAGUCCCCAGUGGCCCCCACCUCCCUGAACUAGUGCAGUUCCACCUACAGGGUGUGCCCUGGUCCUGGGGAGGUCCCGAUCCCAGGCUGGACAGGCUCCUGUAGAAGGAGGACCCCCUGGGGCUGGGCAGCCUUCCCAAGGUGAUCUGUGUUGUAGCUCUGGUGUUUGUGGGGGGAGGGGGGAAAGGGAAGUACCCCUACCUCCACUGAAAGACAGUGACAUGAAACCUCAUGUCCUGUUCUAUGACCUAUAACAAUUAGGCAAGUCCUGACCUCUCUAACCUUGGAAACUCCAGUACAGUUCUGAUGACCUGGCUGGAAUGGAGAGUUAAUGAACUCAAAUUGACAACCUCAGUUUGCCUCAGUUCCUUAUCUGUAAAAUGGGAAUAAGAGCACUUCCUUCUCUGGGUUGUUGUGAGGAUAAUCAUUAUUAAUUCUCUUAGACAAUUAGAUAAUCAUUGUAAAGCUUUUAUCACAGUGCCUGCCUUCUUGUU